AUGUCGUCCGCAGUUUGUAAACUCCGUAGAGGAGAGGAGAUGACCACCGAACCCCGAGUCCGCUUCUACCGCCCCUGGACCGAACCACGAGACCAAAGGAGCAAAGGAGCCUGUGAUCUUCUUCAGCAUCAUCAUCAUCAUCAUCAGCAGCAGCAGUUCUCCUUGCGUUCCAGCUGGUACCUGAGCCGUAGACCACGCACUGCCUUCACGCACACACAGGUGUGUGUGUUGGAGACAGUGUUCCAGGUGAACUGCUACCCAGGUAUCCAGGUGAGGGAGGAGCUAGCUGGGAGGCUCCAGCUUGACGAAGAUCGCAUCCAGAUCUGGUUCCAGAACCGUCGAGCUAAACUGCAGCGCUCCGUCCGGGAGAACGACCUCCAGGCGACCCUCGCAAGCCUCAGGGUCACCAGCCGGGACGGAGGUCAGGCCAGAUGUAAACAGGAAGUCCAGGCUCACCUGGAUCUCAAAGGAGAGGAGCAGGUUUCAAGCUUUGCCAAGAAAUAACCCAUCCUUGAGGUCCGGACCCCAUCUGGAGGUCAGGACCGCACCUGGGGGUCAUGACCCCACACGGAGGUCAGGACUCAGCCAAAGGUCAGGACCCCACUUGGGGGUC